CACACAACCAUCAUGUGGAGCAGAGAGGUCCUCUUGCUGACUUCCUCCUGGUUUUUACAGCGGUGAAAACAAAUUUCUGAUUUCUGCAAUCAUGAUCAAGCUGACAGCUCUCACUGUUGUUGCAGUUCUGCUGCUUGCUAAUGUAAAACCAAGUAGACUGGCCAUUUCGCCUAGACUGUGCUGGACCAGUUGGUACGAUCGGGAUGAUCCAAGUGGAACAGGUGACUGGGAAGACCUGAAGGGCCUGCGGAUGGAAUACCCAGGAGAGAUUUGUGACACACCCCGGAGAAUUCAGGCCGUCACUGUUGAUGGAAAUGUCCCAGCUGAGAGCACAGGGCAGCACUUCUAUGCCUACAAUACCCAACUGGGCUUCUUUUGUCGCAACGCAGAUCAACCAUCUGGUCAACAAUGCUUGGACUACAAGGUUCGCUUCAGAUGUCCAUGUAUUCCUGAGCCUGAUUGCAUCAAUGGGUGCUAAUACUCUGAGAGGAAACAGUUAAUGUUAAUCUUGCUGAUUUUUAAAAAUUAAUUCUCUUUUCUGCAAACUGAAACAGGUUUUGUCACUUGUUUCUGGGGCUAUUAUACUAACUAUGCUGCGGGGACUCUGGCUGAUUUUGUCCAACUUUGAAGAAAUAAAUCAACAGCAAUAAAAAUGUUCAACAAAAGCAAAAAAGU